CCACAGGAGUCUCCACUUAAAUUGUUUAGUACCCUUAGUUUAGAUGCUGGGCUGGUUCAUGUGCAUUAGUUGUAAUGCUCGUUUUUCCUGCUCCCUCAGGUUUCUUGCCCUUUGUGUUGUUAGUUGGAGUUUUGUUUACCUUGCUGUUUCCCAGUGUACUCAGUGCCUCAUGCUGUUGGACUGGUUUUUUUUUUUUUGUCUCUUACCCUGGAUUUACUGUUUUGCCUUGGACUGAUUACUUGCCUCUGACCUCUGACUCUGUCUCUGCAUCUUUCUGUCUGAACACCUGUUGUGCAACCUCCAGCCAGUCACCCGGGCACAUGAACACCUAUGAUCCAUUACAGGACAAUGAAGGAAACGGCAUCACACACGACAAGGCAUUAAACAGGGAAAGAUCUGGGAAUAAAGCUUGACCAGGAGGGGAGACUUAUCCUGAGCAGAGGGAAGAAGAAGAAGAAGAAAAAACAAUCAGAAUAGAAGAAAAGGAAAAAGAAGGAGCUACGCUUGUGCACAGAUCUCAUCCGUACCUGAGUCUUUUUAGCAAGUCUCCAGUCUUUUAGUUUUAUGAAGGAAGGUGUUUCACCCUGCAGUAGAUCAGUAAGAAGUGUUCUUCAAAAUGAAUACAGAUAGCGGAGGAUGCACUCGCAAAAGCGUGGCCUUGUCACUCAUACUCUCUCCCAUGAAGAGGGUCCAGAGCUCACCAAAUCUAGACACAGGGAGUGAUUCUCACUCAUCAGACUUGGACUCUUGGCGGUCACACAGUGCAACUGAUGGCCUGAAGAACGGAGAUGCCAGCAGCUCAUCUCUUGCUGCCAAAGGCUUCCGCAGUGUCAGACCCAACCUACAGGACAAAAAGUCCCCAACAGAGGAUAUCAAUCAUGUGCCAUUGCCACCCCCAAGGAGAGAGAGUUUCCAGUUCUCACCCACUGGCACUAAUCCACCAGACUACAACUCCCUUGUUGCCCUGUCUAAUGAUUUUAGUCCUGGAACACUAACGUUCACCCAGAAUGAAAAUGCAGUUUUGAAAGAGUCCUACACUAUUAGUAGCACAUCUUCUUACUCCUACUCAGAGGCCAGUGGAAACCCAGUCCAACCAGCACACCAGUCCACUGUCUCAAAUGAAGUUAGCAACUGUAGUGGAUCUUCUAUCAUUAAUACACAGGUUCAAGCACGUAAGGUGUCUUCCCUCAAACUAACCCCAGUCACCGUCCCUGAUCCCCCUGCCCACCUCAACUCUUACCUCAAUCCCCAACUGAACACCCAGAUCACAGGUUGCCCUCCUCCAACUUCUCCACCUCCACAAAGGUGUCCCAUUCUCUCUCAGUCCUCAACACAGACAGCCUCACUUUCUGUUCACUUGGGCUCAGAGAAUCUGAAAAAUCCAGAGCCUCAGCCUCCCAAUCCCUCUGUGGAACUCAAGUUUUCAGAUCAAGCCCGAUAUCAAACCCCAGGUCCGGCUCCCUCCCAGCUGGAGAUGAUGAAGCCUCCUCCUGCAGUUCCACCAAGACCUGCUCAUGCUGAAUAUUUGGGGCCUUCUUCCCCCGACCCCUCAGCACGGCACUCUCCCUACCGCUGCCACAGCUCAGAAUCACUCGACUACCUGUCAGGUUUAAUGCCCAAGGCACUGUCACCCACCCCGUAUGUUCCCAGUGGAGGUGGCAGCACAGCCGGUGUGAUCAGCGGUCUGAGCCCUACCGCUGCCAGCACUGUGAGCACCGGCGGCUUCCUGUCGCCAUCAGCUUCUCCUGUGACGGUGUCAGCUCUCAGCCACUACUCGUCGUCUACGGCGGGUCUGAUGGAUGAGCUGCAGAUCUGUAGCCUGGACUCACCUGGCACCUCACCCACACCGUCACCCACGCUCAGCUUUGUCUCUGUCUACACAUCCACUGCUGGCCCUGACGAUGUGCUAACAGCCUCUGUGGCCUUCACCUCUGCAGCAGCUGCUGUCACUAAUGGCCAGGUCCUCUCUCAUGCCAUGAAUGGAAGUACUCACCAUCCACAAAGGCCCCUCUCUCCACCAUCCUAUCCUCCACCCCCUGCCUCACUCCACACGGGGCUCCAGAGACAGAGCAGGAGUUCAGAGGGCAGCGAGUCCAUCAUGAGAGAGUCUGUGGUGUCGGGCCACACCAGCAUCAGCAGCACUGUGCCCAUUGCCCGCUUCUCAGAAGAAGAAAAAAAGGUGUCUGUCAUUAAAGCCCCUCAUUAUGAAGGAAUUGGCCCUGUGGACGAGUCUGGCAUUCCUAUCGCCAUCCGCACGACAGUGGAUAGGCCUAAGGACUGGUACAAAACUAUGUUCAAACAGAUCCACAGGGUUCACAAAGCAGACGAUGACUAUUCUGACACAUACAGUGCAACGUACGCUGUCAUAAACAAUGAUGACUACAGCCUAUCGUCCAGCGCCGCCAUGGCUCACCCCGCUCCUCGGACCCAUACGUACAGGCCUCUGUCAAAAAGCCCCUCAGACAAUGGAGGGCAUCUGGCGCCUCGGGAGCCUUGCCCAUCCCCUGUACCCCCACCACCUCCACCUAUGCCGUCCCUCCUGCAGCUGAGGGCCAGAGACAGUGACCGCGAUAAAGACUCUUCAGACAUGAAUGAAUGGGGUCCUCCUGACACAAAAGUGGACACGCGAAAGUACCGCGCAGAGCCCAAGAGUAUUUUUGAAUAUGAGCCUGGGAAGUCCUCCAUUUUGGAGCAUGAAAGACCAACCUAUGAUGACAUAGAUUUAGAGAACGAGCCUUGGUAUAAGUUCUUUUCCGAGCUGGAGUUUGGGCGGCCGCCUCCUAAAAAACGGCUGGAUUAUAAUCCAGACAUCUCUGCUCGCCAGCGCCCUGAGACAUCCCUGCACAUCAUGCCUGCUGACAAGGCUCCGGAGGGACCUGCAAGUGCUACCAGCGACUACAGGAAGAGAAGGAGGUCUGAGCCCUCUAGUUCCCAAGUGAAUGCUUCAUCUCUGAGCAGAGCUACAACUUCCCCUAAACCAGUGGAUGCCUACAGACCCAGCAGCACUCUAAAGAAACCUGUCAUUCGUUCCUCACCAUCCUCACCGUCCAGAGCUAAAGGUGGGAACGCAUGCAGCAUGUAUUCAAACAGUUUGACCUCCCCAGGUCCUUGUCAAUAUCCCUAUCAUGCCCCUGUCCCCUCUGACCCUGUCCACUGCCAUGAGGAUGCCAGCCAGGAGGGCAGCUCCACCUCCAAGCAGUCUGUCUGUUGUAAGAACAGUUGGCAGACAAAACGCUCGGAUCAUGGGACAUGGAGCAGUGUGGAGGAGGCGCCAUCCUCCCCUGGAAAACUUAAAUCACGUAGCUGUGUUGACUUGCUCAAUGAUGGUCAUUCUGGCUCAGGUGGGCACAAUGCCACUCGCUCAGAAAGUGUUGGGUCAUUGGUGUGUGAUGGGAAUCCCUCGGGUUCAACUGGGUCCACUUCCACUCACUCAUUGCCUCGACUCCACCGGCGACAGGCACAUGAUUCACCAGGCUUUCUCCAGCUUUAUCAUAAAAUGCAUCAGAUUGACCGAGCUCAUCUUAUUCCAUCUGAAGUCAUCCGCUCGGUCCGUGCUCGCAUCCUGGAACUAGAGCACCAACCUCAUCUGCAUCGGCAUCAUCUAUCUCCUUGGACACCCUCUUGGGGUGUGGAGGUGCCACGUGAUAUGGUGCCAAACCGCAUAUCUGAAUAUGAGCGCCUUAUUCAGAAGUCCAAAUCCAUGCCCAACUUGGGUGACAGUGAGGUACCUUCAGGCACUACCACACCAGGUGGCUCCUCAUCUCGAGCCAGCAGUGGUGGUGGGGGCACACCCAGUUUGCCUAAACGCCGUUUUUCGAUAGAGUCUUUACUAGAGGAAGACAACAAUGGCAACAGCGGAACUGUACCUCAUGCCAUGGAUCACUUGCAGCGACCUCGUAGCCCACCAGAAGGUCAGCCCCGUGUUGGACCAGAACCAGGCCAUGGCCGAUCCUUUCCUGCUCCUCCUGUUCCCCAAGACUUGCAAGCUAACCAAGACUAUUCCGACAGUGAACAAGAUGCUGUUGCAUCAGACCUCAGUGAUUUCAUUCAGGUGGAGGGCUCCUCAUUUUGCAGCGAGAGUGACUUUGACCAUUGCUCACUAGCUUCCUCUGAGAGUUUGUAUGGCUCUUCCACCAUCCACCACCUCCGUCAUCACCACCACCAUCACCACCACCAUCCCGGUAACCAAAGUCUAGGCCAUAGUCAGGGAUACCAACACCGCCACCUCAUCAGCACAUGCAAAGGCCGCUGCCCAGCCUCAUAUACCCGUUUCACAACCAUGCUUCGCCAUGAGAGAGAACGAGCACGCCAGGAGAACCAGAGGCCUUCACAACAGAGCCACAGUAGCCACUCCCAAAUCCAGAGCUCACAGUCUCAGCAAGCGAUGUCCAAGCUGGCCUUUCUGGUCAGUCCAGUGCCUUUCCGCAGGAAAAAGGGCUCCCCUCCUACCUCUAGAAGAAGCAAUGGUUGUGAAGGUCGAGGUAGCAGACCCAAGUCCAAGCAGGCCAUUUAUGAAGCACUAGAUGCAGCCCUGAGGGACAUAUAUGAGCACAUUCAAGCAGAGAGAGGCCACAGAGUCACUAGGGCACCUGAUGACAGCAUCCUGAGGAGAGUACUGGCUGAACUGCUGCCAAAUGUGCCUGAACGAAGCUCAUCGUUGCAAGGGAGGAGGGGGUGUUGGCAUGGAGGUCAGUCCUCUGCAUCUUUGUACCCAGAUGGGAGCCCCACUGGGUAUGCGUCAUAUAGAGGGGAUCCCUCCACACCAAGGUUACAGUCACCAGUCAGUGCCUGUUACGGACGCCACUCGGACAUCUCAAACCAUAAUGAAUAUGGAGAAGGCAAUGGAAAUGGUCUCUGUUAUUCAGACCAUGAUGUCUCCAAGAGUUAUUCCACCAUGGAUGGACGCCGCACACCUCAGAGUAGAAGACCUACUCCUGACAGAGAGGUUUCCCAUAAACAGAUGACACAACUUAUUCUGUUCUCUCUCCUCCAUCAGAAACAGCCUGCAAGAGCCAUAUAUGAUUUUAAGGCACAAACAUCUAAGGAACUGACAUUUAAAAGGGGUGAUGCAGUGAACAUCAUCAGGCAGAUAGACAACAACUGGUAUGAAGGAGAGCAUCAUGGACGGGUGGGGAUAUUCCCCAUAUCAUACGUGGAGAAGAUGCCAUCCUCAGAGAAACCGCAGCCGAUCCGUCCUCCUCCGCCAGCACAAGUCACCGAUAUCGGGGAAGCAGUGGCACGCUACAACUUCAAUGCUGAUACUAACGUCGAGCUGUCUCUCAGAAAGGGCGAGAGAGUAAUUGUGAUAAGGCAGGUGGAUCAGAACUGGUAUGAGGGGAAGAUCCCAGAUACAACCAAACAGGGCAUCUUUCCUGUGUCCUACGUUGACAUUGUCAAGCGCUCGCCGUCCAGGAGCUCCGCCCACCACAUAGAGCCACAUGCUUACCCCAGCAAAAGGACACCAAAUACUACACCUGUCAAGCGACUAGUACAGGAUGCACUCCAUGGUGGAGGAGAGCCGUACCAGGCUCUGUACAACUACAUGCCUCGCAACGAGGAUGAGCUGGAGCUGAGGGAGGGCGAUAUUGUUGAUGUGAUGGAGAAGUGUGAUGAUGGCUGGUUUGUUGGGACCUCGCGAAGGAGCAAGUUGUUUGGAACUUUCCCAGGAAACUAUGUGAAGCAACUAUAAUGAUUCCGGACUCCCCCACCUCGGCCCUUUCUCUGACACGAUCAUCGGCCUCAGCACAGCACCCAGGGACACCUCCUAAGAAUAGUGGUCAACAGAGACAUGUCACAUGUGUUUGCUUGUACGUGUGACUCGUCAGCUUCACAGAGACUGAACAUUUAGCUCCAACUAGCCAUCUUUAAUGGGAGACUUGUAUAAAGUAAUGUUUUUUUAUUAUUAUUAUUUUUCUAUCAUGGAAUGGCCAAACUUUGUGCUCCAGUCCAUGACCUUCAACUUUUGACGGUGAUGGAGGGAUAUCAGAGGAGCUUUGCACACACUCGUUGACAGUGAGAAGUGUAAGGGGCGAUGAUUUUCUUUCAGUUCUAGCUGUUUAAGGGCAGCGAGGUCACAACGAUCACCUUUAUAUUUUUCUGUUGUAUCUCAAGUUUAAAAACACUUGUUAAAUUUCAUUUCAGUUUCAGUUGUUAAUAUCCCCAAAGACAUUUGUUGCAGAGUGUUGUAACAGUAUUCUAUCAGCAGGUGUGCUGUAUGAGUUUCGUUGUAGUGAUGGCAUCCAUGCAGCCACGAUGCUGCAUCACCAUCACUGGUAAAAGGAUGUUACUUCCUACAGUUACAGUACAUGUGGAUUAGACAUGUAUCAGUGCAUGUAUCAAUGUUUUGUGUUACCCAAGGUAUUGACUGGUUGAUAAUACUUUGGGGAUAUUAUUAAUCAUAAUCAAGCAGUUAUUUCAAAUAUUGCAAAUGAGAAAGUGGAAAAAUGUGGCUGACACUCUUCUACUUUCCGUCUAAACUUCACACAUAUUUAAAGCAUAAGAUUAGAAAACACACUAUGAUUGAAGCACUUUAAUCAGCUCUUAACACGGUUUUGUUUUUAUUUCAAAUGUCACUUCAGAUUUUACACACCAGUUUCUAUGACUGCAGGGCUUAAGGGGAAAUUGGUCAUGUGUGGAAAGUGUAUGCAAAAAGGUCACUGACCUUUUAGGUGUUAUAUUUAUUAGAGGAUAAAUGCUGGUCAAGCUGUGAUAUAAUGAUGAUUUAGACAGAAUGCAACAUGUUGCUUUUUGAACCUGUUUUAAUGGCAGCAAACCCACAUUUGAAGGAUUAUUAUUUUAUUAUCAAGUAUCAUUGUCCACAUAGGUGCUGAGGAUGGCAAAUAAUAGCAUGAUAGGUGAUGGACUAUAAUGAUUUGUCAUGUUGGUUUAUGUUGAAUUUAUUUAAGUCAGGAUGAGAUAGCAUUUAAUCAAAAACCGUUGGGUACCUGCAGUUUCUUUGACUAGACGUUGGUGGCAUCUUCUAACUCAAUGAAUGGGUAGUGUGUCACUGGUCAUGUUUUUAUGUACUGUUUGAAAUUAUUGACAGUUUCCAUCUUAGCUUGUCACGAUCAGUGGUCUAUGUUUUGUUUUGUUUUCUUCUUAUUGGUGUUUCACAAAGAAUGGGCACUGACAACAAAGCACCUUAGAAAUAUUUUGUUUCAUCAUUCAUUGUCCUUCACGUCACCCCGUUUCCACUGUUUCAUUUGGUUUGAGAACACUGUGCGCGUGUGUGUGUGUUUUUGUAAGCUUUUUGUAUGAGACAUCUACUUGCUUUAUAAAGUCAGCCAUUUCUCACCCAUCAUAUUUCCUCGCCUUCUUUUGUCAUAUUUUCAUCAGCAGUGGUGCUAAUUUCUGCUUUUUUUAUGAAGCUGUUAUUGUAGCCAGGCAUGUAGAUCAUUUUUAUUUGUUGUUUUAAGGGUCAGUGAUCGAUUUAAACUGAAGUUAAACUGUAGGUAGAUUUAGUAGAGUUGGUGACUGCUGCCUUAUAUCCAACUCACUAAUUUAAUAGCCAUGUAUAUGUAAAUCUCUUCUGUGAUGCAAAAAAAUAAUAAUAAUAAUUUAUACAUAUGUAGUCUAGAAAAUGCCAGGGAAGUAUGUGAAGGUGUGCACAUAAAUUCUGCAGUGUUGAAACAUUCAUUAACGUGUCCAGUCUGCCUUUGUAGGUACAGAUUUGAACCGAAGACGUGAAUUUGACUUGAUAUGUUUAUACAUGUAAUGAAAAUGCCAAUCUUAUGUUAUUCCUGUCAGUAUCAAGUUUACUGCACAUUCUUGGACCUAAGUAUUUCUACAGUAUGUUAGCAUUUGUUGGAUGAUUUUAUGCGGCUGUAUUGCUAA